UUUAAGCUCCCAAUGUGAAUACACAUGUGCCUGAUGAUAAUAUAUAUGCUCGUAGUUUAAAGUUUAAACUACCACACACCAUUGAUAAUGACCACUUUGACAGAAAGUUACGACUCAUCAAGCCUCUUCUUCACUCUAUCAGCCAUCUUAGUCCUAUUCUGGUACACAUGGAGAAACUUCAUCAGAUCCAAGAAUCUCAACCCCUCCUCACCCUUGCCACCAGGCCCACGAGGCCUACCCAUAGUGGGCAACCUUCUAAGCCUUGAACCGGAGCUCCAAUCCUACUUCGCCAUCCUCGCUCACACCUACGGUCCAAUCCUGAAGCUCCGCCUUGGUACCAAACUCAAUAUCAUCGUCACCUCACCAACUUUGGCCCGCCAAGUCCUCAAAGAAAACGACAUCGUUUUCGCCAACCGCGACGUGCCCUACAUAGCCCGAACCUGCACCUACAAGGCCAGCGGCCUUGUGUGGACCCCAUACGGCCCGGAAUGGCGGAUGUUGAGGAAAGUCUGCGUUUUGAAGAUGCUUAGCAACACCAUGUUGGACUCGGUUCACUCUCUCCGCCGCCGGGAGGUUCGGCGGGGAGUGAGCCAGUUAUACAGUCGGGUCGGGUCGCCGGUUGACGUGGGCGAGCAUGUUUUCUUGAUCAUACUUAAUGUGAUAACGAACAUGCUUUGGGGUGGCGCAGUGGAUGGUGACGAAUGGGCCAGUGUUGGUGCGGAGUUUAGAGGGAUUGUGUCUGGGAUUAUCGGUGUUGUGGCCAAACCGAAUAUCUCAGACUUCUUUCCGGCCCUGGCUUGGUGUGAUCUUCAGGGGAUAACGAAGCAGCAUGAUGAGUUGAUCGAGAGGCUUGAUAUAUUUUUUGAUAGAAUGAUUAGUCGGCGGACAAAGAUUGAGACAGAAGGUGGGAAUGGAAGCAGUGAUUUCUUGCAGUUUUUGCUGAGACUGAAAGAUGAAGGAGAUUCCAAGACUCCUUUGGCUAUAAUCAAUAUCAAAUGCCUGCUCUUGGUUCAAGCGGCGAUUAUAGGUCAUCAGCUUCAAGAUUUUAUUGAUCUCGAUUUCAAAGCUCUCAAACAAUCUUCUCUGAUGUCGAUCAUCAAGCUCGUACUGUCAAAAAGGAGUAUACUAAGUGGCCCCAACAAGAUCAACUUCUUUAUUAUUGGCUGCUCUCAUCUAUGUAUGAAGGAAUUCUCACUCGUGUUGUUGGUUUUCGUACUUCUUCUUAGGUUUGGAAAAUUCCUGAUGAAUAUUACACCUCUCAAAAAAAUGCUAAGAUUGAUCAGUAUCAAACACAUCUAAGAA